ACACUGAAAAAUCUGGUUGGGAUGGGAUAUAAUUAGCCAGAAAAGAAAAGAAAAAGCCUUGGUAGCUGCCUCCUCUUUACUCAAAGAAAGAAAGAAAAUAAAUACAUAGUCGAGAGACAGACAGAGAAAGAGACAUCAUCCAGAGCUUUCUCAAAGACAAACAGUAAAAGCACACACCUUCUCUGAGCUUAGCUGUUCUCUUUCUCUCUCUCUCUCUCUGGUCCUCCCUAGCCAAUGCCCAGAAGCCCAUACUCAACUUUGUCUGCAUCCCAGUCUCCCCCAUAACAUUUCUUUUGCACCCAUCAACACCUUAAAAGAACAUCAAACACAGCACAUCCCAAGCCUGCAUAGAAAUUUAGAGAUCAUGAAGAUCCGGUGUGAUGUGUGCGAGAAAGAAGAGGCCACUGUUUUCUGCUCUGCAGAUGAAGCUGCUCUCUGCGAUGUCUGUGAUCGCCGUGUUCACUACGCAAACAAGCUGGCCGGCAAGCACAAGCGCUUCUGUCUUCUCCACCCCACUUUCAAAGACUCCCCUCUCUGUGAUAUAUGCCAGGAGAGGCGCGGAUUUCUGUUUUGUCAACAAGACAGAGCUAUUCUUUGCAGAGAAUGCGACUUUUCGAUUCACAAAACCAAUGAGCACACACAGAAGCACAACAGGUUUGUUCUUCCAGGCGUUAAGCUCUCAGCUGCUGCUUCUUUAUAUCCAACCUCAUCCUCCUCAUGCUCUGGCUUCUCUCAAGUGGCCAAUACCACUGAUGCAAGAGCCUCCAAGUCUUCUUCAAAGAUACCCAAAACAGUUUCUGAUGAGGCCUUGAAUUGCUCCCCAUCAGUGGAGCAAACGACGUCGUCUUCCUCCUACAAGACAGGAGAGAAUUGUGGCAGUGACAAUGGCUCUGUUUCAACAAGCAGCAUAUCAGAGUAUCUGAUGGAGACGCUGCCUGGGUGGCAUGUAGAAGACUUUUUCGAUUUUUCGUUUGCUCCCGAUGGUUUCUGAGGUUGGCAGCACACCUUACAUCUAGAGAAAUUUGAAAAAACCAAAGAGAAAAAGAAGCCAUUGUUAUGGUGAUGUAUAUUUGGCUGAUAACAAGGCCAAUUUUGCUGGUGUCUUUUUGUGGGAUUUGCUCUGGUUUUGGUGAAGCAAGAUCUUGAAAACAACAUAAGUUUUUUUUUGUCAUCAGAACAAUUUGGCCAUCUGGGUAGCUCAAGUUUCACCUGCAACUCCAUAUGACCCCGAGACUGGUUUUACAAAUAUGAUGAAUAAAAAUAAAAAGGCAGUCCAGUUCAGUUCAGUUCAGCAGAGGAAGGGGGCUGAUGCUGGUCUCUCAGUUCCUUCAAGAAAUCCGAAGCUGUUGAUAAUCUGUUGUAUAAAC